AUGUUCGUCGCUCUCGUGUGUACGUUCAGUCUCUUAUGUCCACUAUAUCUCAUAUACAAGCCGCCUGGUUCUUUGAUACGCUUCUUCCAACGUCGCUGGCCCGAUGUCUUAUUCCGUCACGCAACUGUCGAGAAGGUUGUCGCGUUAACCAUCGACGACGCCCCGUCCGCACACACGCGCGCUAUUCUCGACCUCUUAGGGUCAAAUCAUGCAAUCGCAACAUUUUUCCUGAUUGGAUCUCAGAUGUCCGGAAAUGAGGACGUUCUCGCUGAGCUAGUGCGCGCUGGCAACGAACUAGCCAACCAUGCAAUGCACGAUGAGCCAUCGCGCGGACUCAGCGACGCAGCCCUUGCAGACCAGAUUCGUGCAGUGCAUAUCUUGAUUCAAAACGUGUAUAACGCAGUAGAACAGGAUGGGCCUGAGAACUGGCUCUUCCGACCAGGCUCGGGUUUCUUCAGCUCACGAAUGCGACGCCUGGUUACGAAGCUGGGUUAUCGGCUCGUGCUCGGGGACGUCUAUCCCCACGACCCACAGGUGCCAUUUGCAAGACUCAAUGCAAGGCAUAUCUUGAACAUGGUGAAGCCAGGCAGUAUUAUCAUUUGCCACGACCGCAGAGAAUGGACGUUACCCAUGCUACAAGAGGUGCUGCCAGAGCUGAAGCGCCGCGGAUACCGGGUGCUCACUGUGUCAGAGCUGCUUAAGACGCUCUAA